AUGCUGCGCAUCACGACGAGCGCCGAUCGCGGUGGCAAGGGCGGAACAGACGCGACAGACGACGGGGCUGCCACCUCCCCCUCCCCGUCGCUUUCCCCCUCGCCUUCCCCUUUAUCCCCCGCGCUUUCCCCGUUCUCCCCCACGCCUCCGCCGUUCUCCCCGUCGUCCGCCUCCGCGCAAAUCAGCCGGCGCAGGUUGCACAUGAGCUACGACUUCGACGGGGAGAGCAGCAGCGGCGGGGAGGGCAGCGCAGGCGGAAGCGGAAGCGCGCGUCGGGUGCGGCAGGGGCACCGCAGCUUCUCCCACCGCUCCGGAGUUCUCUCACCCCCCGAUACUUCCCCCUUAGGAUCCCCCGCCCCCGCCGCCAGGCCCGCCAGUCCCCUGGGCAGUCCGCGCAGAAGCGCGCUUGGGGGGCUUGGCGCGCUUGUAGAGGGUGGGGGCGGGGAGGCGGGAUUGGCGCUCAGGCCCUUGCGGUUGGGGAAGUGGAGUCCAGGCGGGGGCGCCGCAGUCGGCCCUGCAGAAAGGUCAGUGGGGGGGAGGGUCGGCGGAGACGGGGGAACAGGCGCAGAGCUGCGUGAUAGCGGUGGCGCGGGGGAAGAGAGCCGGCGGAGUGGGGCGGGUCUAGGUAGUGAGGCUAGGGUGGGGGAGGAAGGGCGCGAGGUGGGCGCAGUUGGUGCCAGGGGCGAGGCUGCGCGGAGUGAUGUGCUCGCGGGGGCGCAAGAGGCGCGGGCGCAAGGUCAAGCGAAAGAGCAUGCACGUGGCGGGACAGCAGCAGCGGCAGCAGCCGCUUCCGGAACGCCCAAGUCGGCCCCUGCGUCCCCCAGCUGGCUGGGCGGGUGGGCGGGCCUGCUGCUGGGCGCAGGGGGGGGGGAGGCGGGUGUGGUGGAAGAGGGGAAGGGGGAGGCGGGCAAGGGGGAGGACGGCGCAGGUAGAGCGGGUGGACUGAGAUUGCUGUCCCCGUUCGCGUGGAGGGGAGGCGGGAUGUGGGGGGACAGCGGUAAGGGGAAGGGAGGGAAGGGGACGGGGGAAGGGGAUGGGACGAAGCAGGGCUUGGGGGGUCAGAAGGGCGCAGGGGAGGGGAACGAGGAGGAAGCAGGGGAGGCGGGAGAUGAGGAAGCAGGAGAAAGGGAAUGGGAGGGCGGGGGGGAUAAGGAAGGGGAGGAAGAUGAGGAGCGGACUUUGCGAGGAGGGGGGUCCAGUGAUGAUGCGCGGAGGGGGAGUGGGGCGAGCAGGGGUGAAGGGGAGGGGGCGAGUGACGAUGAGAGUGACUUUGCGUUCCAGGCAGAGCGGUGGGGCGAAGGGGGGACAGUGAGUGGUGGUGGGGCACAGGAUGGUGGUGUGGGGGGGGUGGUGCAGGAUGGUGGGGGGAUUCAGGAUGAUAUGGGGAUGGACGGUGAUUAUAAGCCAAAUAUGGAGGACUCUGAUAGCGAGGAUAGAUGGACAAGUUGCGAAACAGAGCGAGUUGAACAUGAGAAGGCCGGUAGCAAUGAAAGUGGCAGCUGUGAGCAAGCUAAUAACGAGGAUAGUGGGAACGAGGAGGCUCGUAGCGAUGGCAGUGCGCGUGAGGAAUCCAAUAACGAGGACACUGGUAGUGAGGAAGCUAGUAGCGAGGACAGUGAGGUUGAUGAGAAUAGUAUGGCGGAUGCUGAAAGUGAGGUGGAAAGUAGUGAGAGUGAGAGUGAGAGUAAGAGUAAGAGUGAGAGUAAGAGUGAGAGUGAGAGUACGAGUAAGAGUAAGAGUAAGAGUAAGAGUAAGAGUGAGAGGGAGAGUAAGAGUAAGAGUAAGAGUAAGAGUAAGAGUAGGAGUGAGAGUGAGAGUGAGAGUGAAAGUAAGAUGAAGAGUACGAGUAAGAAUACGAGUGUGAGUGAGAGUGAGAGUGAGAGUGAGGGUGAGAGUAAGAGUAAGAGUGAGAGUGAGAGCAAGAUUAAGAGCAAGAGUAAGAGUAUGAGUGAGAGCGAGAGUGAGAGUAAGAUUAAGAGUAAGAGUAAGCAGGUGCGUGAGAGUGAGAGCGAAAAUACGAGUGAGAGUGAAACGGAGAGUGAGAGUGAGAGUGAAACUAAGAGUGAAAGUGAGAGUAAGAUUAAGAGCAAGGGUGAGGGUGAGAGUGAGACCGAGUUUCCGAGUGAGGACUCUGAUGACAGUGUGCGAAGGGAGCAAGGCGGGGGGCGUAAGGGUUGCGGAGAGAAUGAGGGAGCAAAGGAUGGGGACUGGGCAGCAGCGCUUGAUGGCAAGAAGGGGGGGGGAGAGCUGGCUGUGGGGGAGGAAAGAGAGGAAGAGGAGGAAAGGGAGGAGGAUGAACGGAAGGAGCAAGAGGAGGAGACAGAAGCAGAGGGUGAGGGGGUGAAAGAGGAGCAGGACGACAAGGAGAGUGGGGAGGAAGGAGGGGAGAAGAUGGAAGCUAUAAUGACGUCAUCUCAUGGUGUUUUGGGUGCUCUGGUUGGUGCUAGUAAUGGUGCUGAUGGUGGUGGUGGCGAGGAAAAGGGGAUAUCUAGGGCAAACGACAAUGGGAGCAGCAGGGCAGGGAGAGGCAGUGACAGGGACAGGUGUGAGGAAAGGAGAGGAGAGAGUGGGGAGAGUGGGGGUGGACUUGAGGAGGGACAGCGGGAGAAUGAGGAGACAGGGGAGAACUUCGAGGAGGGAGGGAGGGAGAGUGAGGAGAGGGAGGAGAGGGAGGAGAGGGAGGAGCAGUGGGUGGAAUCCGUGGGUGGGGUGAACAAGGCAACAGCGACUGGAGUGAGGGUUGCUGUGGGUGGUGCUGCUGGGCAGAUACAGAGUGAGAGUGAAUGCAGUGAGAGUGAGAGCAGCGAGAGUGAGAGCAGUGAGAGUGAGAGUGAGAAUGAGAGUGAGAGUGAGGAAAAGGAGAGGGAGAUUGAGAGUGAGACCGAGGGGAGUGAGGGAGAGAGUGAGAAUGAGGGGACUGAGGGAGAGAGUGCGAGUGAGAGGGAGGGUGAGAGUGAGAGGGAUGAGGGAAUGGAAGGGCAAGUAGAGUGUGAGAGGGAUGCGCCCUUGAAGGGUGUUGAAGCGGCACCACUGAUGGCUGCUGCUGAGGGCGGUGUGCAGCAGGAACAGAGUGAGGGGAGUGAGAGUGAGAGUGGAAGUGAAAGUGAGGGGACUGGGAAUGAGAGUGAGAAUGAGAGUGCGGAGGGAGGUGAAGGGAAGGUGGAGCAUGGAAAGCAGGGGAAAAAGACUUCGGAUGGUGUGGAAGCCACAACAGCAGCUGCACCUAUGGAUGCUGUGGGUGGUGUGGAGCAGGAACAGAGUGAGGGGAGUGAGAGUGAGAGUGAGAGUGAGAGUGAGUGCGGGAGUGAGAGCGAAAGUGAGAGUGAGCAGACUAAGAUUGGGGGGAUUGAGAAUAAGGAGAGUAGGAGUAAGUUGAGCGAGAGUGAGGGAAGUGAGAGUGAGGAGAGUGAGAGUGAGAGUGAGGGAGAGGAGGGGCAGGAAGGGCAGGUAGAGCAUGAGAAAGAGGGGUCCUUGAAGGGUGUUGGUGCGACCACACCAGCUGCACCGGUGAGUGGGGAUCAGGAACAGAGUGAGGGGGGCGAGAGCGACAGCGAGAGUGAGAGUGAGGAGGGACAGGAAGGGCAGGUGGAGUAUGAGGAGGGGCCCUUAAACGGUGUUGAAGUGACCACGCCAGCUGCAAUGGUGGCUGCUGCGGUGGGUGGUGUGGAGCAGGAACAGAUUGAGGGAAGCGAGGGUGGGAGCGAGAGUGAGGGUGAUAGUGAGAGUGAAGGUGAUAGUGAGAGUGAGGGUGAUAGUGAGAGUGAGGGUGAUAGUGAGAGUGUGGAAGGGGGGGAUGGGAAGGUGGAGCAUAGAAAGGAAGGGAGGGCCCCCUUGGAUGGUACUGAAGUCACAGAAGCAGGUGCACCUGUGGGUGCUGUGGAUGGGGUGGAGCAGGAACAGAGUGAGGGGAGUGAGAUGGAAGGUGAGAGGGAGAGAGAGAGUGGAACUGAGGAGACUAAGGGCCGGGAGAUCGAGAAUAAGGAGAGUGGGAGUGUAUUGAGCGAGAGUGAGGGAAGUGAGAGUGAGGAGAGUGAAAGUGAGAGUGAGAGUAAGGAGUGUGAGAGGGAGAGCGAGACUGAGAGUGAGAUGGGGACUGAAAGCGAGAGUGAGAGUGAGAGUGAGGACGGAAGGGAAGGGAGGGUGGAGCGUGGAAAGGAGGGGGAGGGGCUCUUGAAUGGUGUCGAAGUCACAGAAGCAGCUGCCUUGGUGGGUGCUGCUGUGGGUGGGGUGGAGCUGGAACAGAGUUUGAGGAGCGAGAGCGAGAGUGAGAGUGAGAGUGAGAGUGAGAGUGAAGGUGAGAGUGAAGGGAUUGAGAGGAAGAUUGGGAGUGAGGAAACUCAGGGUGGGGAGAUUGAGAAUAAGGAGAGUGAGUGUAAGUUGAGCGAAAGUGAGGGAAGUGAGGGAAGUGAGAGUGAGGAGAGUGAGAAUGAGAGUGAGAGUGAGAGUGUGAAGGAGGGAGAGGAGGAAACGGAAGGGCAGGUAGCGUAUGAGAAGGAGGAAUCCUUGAAGGGUGUUGACGCGACCACACCAGCUACACUGGGGAGUGGGGAGCAGGAACAGAGUGAGAGGAGCAAGAGUGAGAGUGAGGGGAGUGGGAGCGAGAGUGAGAAUGAGAGUGUGGAGGGAGGGGAAGGGAGGGUGGAGCAUGGAAAGGAGGGGCUCUUGGAUGGUGUUAACGCCACAACAGCGGCUGCACCGAUGGGUGCUGUGGGUGGUGUGGAGCAGGAACAGAGUGGGGGGAGUGAGAGUGAGAGUGAGAGUGAGAGUGAGGAGACUAGGGGUGGGGAGAUUGAGAAAAAUGAAAGUGGGAGUAAGUUGAGCGAGAGAGAGGAAAGUGAGUCUGAGGGGAGUGAGGUUGGGAGUGAGAGUGAGGGAGAGGAGGGAAAGAAAGGGCAGGUAGAGUAUGAGAAGGAGGAAUCCUUGAAGGGUGUUGAAGCGACAGCGCCAGCUACACUGGUGGCUGCUGCUGUUGGUGUUGGUGGUGUGGAGCAGGAACAGAGUGAGGGGAGUGAGAGUGAUAUUGAGAGUGCAGAGGGAGGGGAAGCGAGGGUGGAGCAUGGAAACGAAGGGGAGGGGGAGGGGCUCUUGGAUGGUGUUGCGGUGACAGAAGCAGUUGCACCUGUGGGUGUUGUGGAUAGUGUGGAGCAGGAACAGAGUGAGGGGAGUGAGAUUGAUAUUGAGAGUGAGAGUGAAGAAACUGAGAGGAAGAGUGAGAGUGAGGGUGAGAGCGGGAGCGAGAGUGGGAGUGAGAGUGGGAGCGAGAGUGGGAGUGAGGGUGGGAGUGAAGGGGCGGUGGAGCAUGGACAAGAGAGGCCGUUGGAUGGUACUGAGAGCUCAGCUCCCCCUGGAUCGAUGGGUGCUGCUGUGGGUGGUGUGGGGCAGGGACAGAGAGAGGCGAGUGAGAGUGAGAGUGACAGCGAGGGUGAGGAUGGGGUGGAGGGGCCGGUAAAGUGCGGUACAGAGCGGUGCUUGGAUGUUGAUGAAGUGGCUGCUGCUGUGGGUGGUGUGGGGCAGGGAGAGGGUGAGGGGGGUGAGAGUGAGGAGACUAAGGGUGGGGAGACUAAGAACAAGGAGAGUGGGAGCAAGUUGAGCGAGAGAGAUGGAAGUGAGAGUGAGGAGAGUGAGAGUGAGAGUAUGGAGAGUGAGAGUGAGAGUGAGAGUGGAAGUGUGAGUGAAGAAAGCGAGAGUCAGAGUGAGAGAGAGGAGAGUGGGAAUGAGAGUGAGAGAGAAGAGAUUGGGAAUGAGAGUGAGAAAGAGGAGAGUGGGAGUGAGGGAGGUGGAGACGAACAAGGGGAUGCAGGGGAGAUGAUCGACCAGGAGAAGGAAGGUGAGAGGAACAACAGCGGAUGGGGUGAGACGAGCGGUGGGAGUGAGACUGGGACUGGCAGCCAUGCCACUCCAGCUGGUAGCCAUGCCACUCCAGCUGGCAGCCAUGCCACCUGCAGGGCCGAAGUACCAGAGAGUGCAGCAGUGCUGGAAGUGCUGAGUCCAGUCUUUGCUGCUGCGUCGCACAGCAGACCCGCCCUACGGGCUCCCUGGGACGACGAUGACGGCGAUGGUGAGAGUGCUCGUGGCCUGGUUGCAGCUGUGGAUGCAGCAGGUGAGGGGGAGAAACAUGGGGGGAGGAACGGGGGUAGGGAGGGUGUGGAGGCAGUGCAGGACAUGUUUGCAGCAGAGGAGCUGGCGGCAGUGGGCGUGGAGGAGGGGAGCGGGGUGGUGGAGAGUGAGGGAGUGCGGACAGCAGUGGAGGGUAAAGUAACGAGGGCGGCAGUGGAGAGUGAUAAAGGGAGGGCGGCAGUGGAGAGUGAUAAAGGGAGGGCGGCAGCUGCAGUGCAGGACAUGUUUGUGGCAGAGGAUCUGGUGGCUGUGGGCGAGGAGGAAGGGAGUGGGGAAGUGGAGGAGAGUGAGGGAGAGCAGGGGUCGGUGAAGAGUGAGGGAGUGGGGGCGGCAAUGCAGGACUUGUUUGUGGCGGAAGAUUUGGUUGCUCUGGAGGUGCAGAAAGGGAGCAGGGAAGUGGAGAGCGAGGGAGUGCGGGCGGCAGUGGAGGGUGAUGGCGGGAGCGCAGCAGUGCAGGACUUGUUUGUGGCGGAAGAGUUGAUUGCUCUGGGUGUGGUGGAAGAGAGCAGGGAAGUGGAGGGCGAGGGGAAAAAGAUGGCAACGGCAAGUGAAGGGGUGGGGGCAGUAGGGAAGAGUGAUAGAGUGAGGGUGGUCGUGGGGAGUGAUGAAGGGAGCGCAGCAGUACAGGACAUGUUUGUGGCGGAAGAAUUGAUUUCCCUGGGCGUGGCAGUAGAAAGCUGGGCGGUAGAGAGAGAGGAAGACAAGCGGGCAGUAAAGAAUCAGCGAGAGGGUACGGCAGUGGAGGGGAAUCCAGUAAGGGGGCCAGGGCAGGACAUGUUUGUGGGGGGGGAGCUUUCUGAUCUGGGGGUGGAGGAAGGGAGUAGGACAGUGGAAAGGGAGGGAGAGGAACGGGCAGUGCAGCAUGAGGGAGUGAAAAUGCAAGCGGAGAGUGUGCGAGGAGAGAAGCAGGACAUGUUUGUGGAGGGGGAUGUGGUUGCCCUGGGCGUGGAGGAGGAAAGAGUUGUGAAAGUGAAGAGUGAGGGAGUGGGGGCGGCAGUGGAUGGCGAUAGAGUGAGGGCGGCCGUGGGGAGUGAUGAGGAGAGGGCGGCAGUGCAGGACAUGUUUGUGGCCGGGGAGUUGGUUGCUCUAGGCAUGGAGGAAGGGAGGGGGAAAGUGGAGAAUGAGGGAGUGGGGGCAGCAGUGGCGGGUGAUGGAGGGAAGCCGGCAGUGCAGGAUAUGUUUGUGGAGGGCGAGCUUGCUGGGCUGGGCGUGGAGGAAGGGAGCGGGGCAGUAAAGAGGGAGGGGGAGAGGGAGCCAGGAAGGAAUGAGGGGCUGAGGGCGGUAGUGGGGAGUAAUGAAGAGAGGGAGGCAGUGGGGAGUAAUGAAGAGAGGGAGGCAGUGGGGAGUAAUGAAGAGAGGGAGGCAGUGGGGAGUAACGAAGAGAGGGAGGCAGUGGGGAGUAACGAAGAGAGGGAGGCAGUGGGGAGUAACGAAGAGAGGGAGGCAGUGGGGAGUAACGAAGAGAGGGAGGCAGUGGGGAGUAACGAAGAGAGGGAGGCAGUGGGGAGUAACGAAGAGAGGGAGGCAGUGGGGAGUAACGAAGAGAGGGAGGCAGUGGGGAGUAACGAAGAGAGGGAGGCAGUGGGGAGUAACGAAGAGAGGGAGGCAGUGGGGAGUAACGAAGAGAGGGAGGCAGUGGGGAGUAACGAAGAGAGGGAGGCAGUGGGGAGUAACGAAGAGAGGGAGGCAGUGCAGGACAUGUUUGAGGAGGGGGAGCUUGCUGGGCUGGGCGUGGACCGGGAGGGUGGGGAGAUAGAGAGGCAUGAUGGGAGUGGUGUGAGUCCGAACGCGCGGCAGCGCAUGCAGCGGGCAGCGAGGAAGCUGCAGUUCGUCACGUUCCUGCGCUCGCACAUGGGAGGCAGGGCGGAGGGUGGCGCUGCUGGGGCACACGUGGCUGGGAGAGCAAAGCACGGGAGUGAUGAGGAGCAACGGAAUGACCUUGAAGACAAGCCAGGUGCUGUGAGCUUGGAUUUGGGCGGCAGUAUGGGUGGUGAGGAGGAGAGGCUGGUCGUUGAUGUGACCACACCGAGUGCUAUGGAGGCGAAACCGGGUGCUGAUGGUACCGUGGGUGGUGUGAGGGAGAGCAUGGUGGUUGCCGGUGCACUGCCUGGUGUACAGGCGAGCAUGAGUGCUGCUGACCGUACUCUGGGUGGUGUGGUGGAGGAUGUGGGAAGGGUGUAUCAAGUUGGAGAUGAAACGAGUUUGCGGGAGAGGGAUGGGAAGGAGAUGGGGGCAGAGGAGGCAGGAGAAGGACGAGAGGAGCCGGGGAGUAAUGAGGCGGAAGGAAGAGAAAGGCAGGAGAGUGGAGAGGAUGGGGAUGAGGGAGAAAGGGAGAGGAGGAAAACGGGGAGGGAGGAAGGAGAAGGUGGGGCGAGGGGGAAGGAGGGUGGGGUGGGAGUGGGCGGGGAGGAGAAUGAAGUGAGGGAAGAGGAGGGAGAGGGGAGGGAAGAGGAGAGCAAGGGGAGGGAGAGUGAAGGGGACGGGGAAGUGGGAAGGGAGCGGGGGAGUAAAGCGAGAGAAGAGGAGGAGGGGAAGGAUGGUGAAGGUGGGGAAGAGAGUGAGGAGAAGGAAGUGGAGCUUCACAAGGAGGGCUCAAGCGGUGGAGAGGCAGGGAGGGAUGCUGGCGUAUGGGACAGGCGGGAGGAGGGAGAGAGUGAGAAGCAAGUGGCAGAAGAGGCAAGAGGGAGUGCGAGGUGGCAAGUGGUACAAGACGGUAAGAGUGGGGGAGAAGUGCUGGGGGCGGAAAAAGGGAGUGAGAAUGGAUUGAGAGAGGAGGGAGCGGGUGAGAAGGAAGUGGGAGAGGAGGAAGUGUGUGAGAAGCAAGUUGGAGAGGAGGUAUGGAGUGGUUCGCCUUGUGCUGCCGACUCCCCAGAAUUUGUUCCUGAUUCUCCCACCAUUGGAGUUGCUGAUUCCAGCAUCCCCUCUUCGUGCCAUCCUCCUGCUCCUGUUGACGUGAGGGAUGAAGGAAGGGAGAGAAGGGAGAGUGAUCAGGAUGGAGAGAAGGGGGAGAGUGAAGAGGAGGGAGCGAGAAGGGAGAGUGAAGAGGAGGGAGGGGAAGAAGAGAGGGGCGUGAGUGAGGAGGAGAAGUUGGCAAGUGACGAGGAGGCGAGUGCAAGUGCAACGGAGGGUCGUGGUGGUGUGUGUAACGAGGGCGCCCAUGGAGGGGACGAGGGCGCCCAUGGAGGGGACGAGGGCGCCCAUGGAGGGGACGAGGGCGCCCAUGGAGGGGACGAGGGCGCCCAUGGAGGGGACGAGGGCGCCCAUGGAGGGGACGAGGGCUGGGUGGAACAGGAGGGAGAGGGUGAAUGCGGAGGGGGUGUGCAGCGAGACUCUGCCACCCGACCCUCUUCCUGCGCAGCCGUCUCUCCCCCCUUGAGCACUGAUGCUGCUUCUCAAACGGAGUCACUCUGUAACGCAGACGCCACAUUGCCCAGUGUUGCAUCCCCAUCCCUGUCCCUCGCUUUUACCCAGUUCAGUACUGCUUCUCCUGCCACCACCUCCUCCUCGCUCCUUCCAGAUGCCAACUCACCCAAUCACCCUGACUCUGCCUCCCCUCGUUCCCCCAUCCCCUCCUCCCCUCGUUCCCCCAACUCCACCUCCCCUCGUUCCCCCACCCCCACCUCCCCCCAUCCCCCCACCUCUGGCUCUCCUCGCGUCAGCGAAGCUGGGUCCCCCACUUCCAUCCCCGACUCCCCCACCUUUGGACUCACCAGCAAUACCCCUGCCAUUCCCACCCCCACUGUGGCUGCCGCUGCUGCAAGCAUGAAUGGGACAAGCACGGACUCUCCCACAUUCACUCCUGAUUCGCCCACGUUUGGGUUUGCUGCUGCCAGCGUUGCACUCGUGGCAACACCAGCUUCUUCUGCUGCUGGCGGGGCAACUGAAGCAAGUGGGGCGAGCAUCACCAGCAGCAGCAUCGGAUGGGGGAGAGUCUCUGCAGCGGUAGCAGGCACCCUCGGUGAUUCCUCCCCUCCCACUGUGGAUUUCUGGUCCGCUGACUCUGCUGACUCUGUUGACUCUGCUGCUCUCGAUCAUGACGCGCUUGAUGGGCCUGAGUGUGAUGCCACCCCCAGCGGUGUCGAAGCCCAGGGCCAGGAUGCUGCAGCUGCGGAGUCGCAAGCACGAGCGGCACUGCGGGAGGGAGGGGAAGGGGGGAAGCAGGAGGCAGAGCAAGCGGGGCAGGGCGGAGAGCGAGUGGACUGUCUGAUUGAAGACUCGGUGCACUCCAUGCUCUUUGGGCCCAAUCUCGUUGCCACUAUUUCUUCUACCGCAUGCCACACCCGUCCCAUCGUCCGUCCUGUCUCUCCCUGCCCCUCCUCGCCCCCGCUACAGGCUGAAGCAGCCAUCUCUCGCCUCUGCCAUGUCACACCCCGUUCUCUCAGCCGCUCCCCUUUCCAUUCCUUCUCUCCCUGUCCGUCCCUCCUCGCCUCCCCGCCCUGCGUUUCCCUCCUCUGCCUCCUGUCCCGCCCCAUCCCCCCGCCACUCCCCCUUUCCCCCCUCUCCUUCCUCCAAACCCCCAUCCCUGCCCCGCCCUUUCCCUCCCUCCAGCCCCCGUUCCCGCCCCUCUUCCCCUUCCCUCCCCCGCCCCUCUUCCCCCUCCUUUCCUCACCCCCCACACUCCCCCUCUCCCUCCUCCCGCCCCUCCAACCUUCGCACUCUAUCUCGCCGGCGCCCCCCUUCCCCCCCAAUGCCCUCCCCCUCUUCCCGCCCCCGCGCCCUCCGUCCCCUCACAGUGGUAGCAGCUGCCUCAGAAGGUACCUCCUACUCCCCCCGCGCCUUCCCCAUCCUCUCCCCCUCCGCCUCCCCUCGCACCCGCUCCACCUUCUCUCCGUCCUCCUCCCCUCCCUGCUCUCCCUCACUCUCCUCCGCUCCUCCUCCCUCCCAGACCUUCUCACUCCCAUCCUUUCUCUCCGACCGCUACCUACCCUCCCCCCCCUGCUGCUGCUGCUGCUGCUGCCUCCUCUGCUGCACAUUCUUUCACCGUCCACCCACCUCUUCUCGUACUAG